AUGGCUUUGGUCCAGGUUUGGUCAACAGGCAGAGUUCAGCAGGAGUUUGAUGACAGGUCAGGCAAACAGAAAAGAACAGGGACAGGCAGUCUUAGAGGUCCAAAGACAGAACGGCAUCGGGGACACUCUGGGCCGUGCUCGCCACAUCUAGUUGUCAGCCCUCCAGCUGAAUCCUACAGCGUUCUAUGGAGAUGGACAGAACUGACAAACCAGGGUUUCGUGGUCACUAACCUGAGUUUCCACCUCUAUAGAGAUUCCAGCUUUCCUGCCCCGUCUGAUGAGCCGCAAAAUGCUGAACUGGAGAAGCUCUUAAAAACAGAAGAUCACAACCACUUUCUCCAGAACUACCCCUCACUGUCAGCACUCAGUGAGUCUACACACUCAUCCAGCAUCAAUAUUCGUCCUCUGAGAUACUUUGAGGAUGUAACAUCAGCUUUGGUGGGUCUCAGAGAGAAACUACAGGACAUCCUGAGAGACACAGAGACAAACAUCUCUCUGUCAAUCACUGAAGUGGACGUUCUACUAUCAGAACCAAAGACAAGAGCUCGAUUAUUAAAGUAUUCAAAAGCAAUUUCUCUGGAUGAAAACACAGCAAACAGAUGGAUUUUAUUAUCUGAGGGGAACAAAAAAGUUCAAAGAAUAAACCAGCAACAGCCUUAUCCUGAUCAUCCAGACAGAUUCACUGAUUAUAAACAGGUCCUGAGCAGAGAGAGUCUGACCGGCUGUUGUUACUGGGAGGUGGAGUGGAGAGGAGAGGUUGAUGUAGCAGUUUCAUACAAGAACAUCAGCAGAGCAGGAGAGUCAGAUGAUUGUUUGUUUGGAUUCAACAAUAAAUCUUGGUCUUUAUAUUGCAACACAAACGGUUAUACAUUUUGUCACAACAACAUUAAAACUCCAGUAUCAGGUCCAGUUUCCUCCAGAAUAGGAGUGUAUCUGGAUCACAGAGCAGGUAUUCUGUCUUUCUACAGCGUCUCUGAAACCAUGACUCUCCUCCAUAGAGUCCAGACCACAUUCACUCAGCCUCUAUAUGCUGGUGUUUAUGUCUAUUAUGGAACCUCUGCUGAGUUUGUUAAUCUACAGUAAGAAUUGAUCUGAGGUACAGUUGGUUAAAAUGUGUUUUUUAGUUACUGUUUUUUUUUUUUUGUCUCUGUUUGGUCAUUAAUGUUAUUAUUUUAAAUUGUGUCACAUGAUGAAUUUGAUCUCUAAGACACUGUUAAGAGUAUUUUUAAGAAUGGUUGUAUGCAUCCAAAAUGGC